AUGACUUCUAAACCCUUCACUCUUCGUUGGGGCGUCUUAGCAACCGGCGGAAUCGCAAAAACAUUCACCAAGGAUCUGCUCGUCGACCCAUCAACCCGCAACGCCAGCGAUAUCCGCCAUAUCGUCGCCGCAGCUGCUUCUUCCACAUCAGUAUCCCGCGCUUCCGGAUUUCUUCAGGAGGUCGGAGCACCAGCCUCCGCUAAAGCCUACGGUUCCUACCGCGACCUAGUCAACGAUGCCUCCGUCGACAUCAUCUACAUCGCAACCCCGCACUCGCACCAUUACCAGCACACGCGCCUCGCCCUUGAAGCCGGCAAACAUGUGCUAGUUGAGAAGCCGAUUACUGUGAAUGCGCAGCAGGCGCGAAUCCUCUUCGCUCUGGCCAAAGAGAAAGGGUUGUUCGUAAUGGAAGCGGUAUGGACGCGCUUCUUCCCGCUCACACUGUCUAUUCAGGAUUUCAUUGAAUCUGGGAGACUGGGCGUGGUGAAGAGAGUGUAUGCGGAUCUGAGUUUUUGGAACGAUGUCGAAGCCGAGUUCGAGUCCUCGCAUCGAAUGGUGAAUUUAGACCUCGCCGGCGGCGCGCUGCUAGACCUCGGAAUCUAUUCACUAACGUGGGUGUUCCUCAUCCUGUACCAUUUACAAAACGCCUCAGGUCAGAGUGGGAAGAGGAGGCCAGAAGUCAAAGGGGCGAUGAGUCUGUAUGCAAAGACCGGGUGCGAUGAAAUGACAUCCAUCAUGCUCUCCUUCCCCGGCGCGGCGGUGGGGAGUAAGAAGGAGGAAGGGGAAGAGGAGGGGAAUGGCGAUGCACACGCCAUCGCGCUCACGAAUAUCCGCGUCUCCCACGACCCGAAUACUGAGCAUCCGAGCGCAAGUCCGGUCAGGAUUCAGGGUACGCUGGGCGAUAUCACCGUCUCCGCGCCGUCCUACCGUCCUUUAUCCUACACCAUUAUACCCGCUCAAAACGCCAACCGGGGGAAGUUAGCGAACUUUGAAUUCCAGACCGUCGAGUACCAGAUCCCUGGCGGUGGGCACGGAAUGUUCUGGGAGGCAGAUGAGUGUGCACGGUGUAUUAGGGAUGGGCGGCUGGAGAGUGAGGUUAUGGGGUGGGAAGAAAGUGAGGUAGUCAUGGAGAUCAUGGAUGAGGUGAGGAGGCAGGGAGAAUUAAGGUAUCCGGAGGUAAUCGAAAGCACUGAGUAUCCGCUUGAGGGGUUUGGGCUGUGA